UGGGACGGGAAGUGGCGGCUCGUUCCGCGCCUUUUCCGGUGCCGCCGAGACCGGGGACUGGAGCGAAGCGGACGCGGGCGGUGAGGGAGAGGCUGGCCGGCUUGGUAGACACUCACUCACUCUUCAGGUAACGUGGUGAGAGAACAACAACCCGCGCGGUUGGCGGGAGCUGCUGCAUUGAGGAGUGACUGUGCUGUGAGCCGUUACGGAGCAGGGAAGCCUGACUCAAUGACCUCUGCUGGGAGUGCGGAGACGCUGCUGUAGUUGGGCGGCUGGAGGGAGGCCGGGCUUCACACGGUCACCGACAGCUGCUGCACCGAACUGCCGAUCCGAGAGACCUCCGAAACGGGCGGCCAGAACAACUUGGCUGCUUUUGAGGCCUUUACCGUUAGCCCGGGCCAGGCCCCCUCGGUCGGCCAGCUCCAUCUGCCUCUCGCUGCCGCGGUCUCUUAUGUACUUUCUGGAAGAUGGGAAAGGUCCUGUCGAAGAUAUUCGGGAACAAGGAGAUGCGUAUAUUGAUGCUUGGACUUGACGCCGCUGGUAAGACCACCAUCCUGUACAAAUUGAAACUGGGUCAGUCUGUCACCACCAUCCCCACUGUGGGCUUUAAUGUGGAGACAGUGACUUAUAAAAACGUCAAGUUCAAUGUUUGGGACGUGGGUGGUCAGGACAAAAUCCGGCCACUCUGGCGGCACUACUACACCGGGACCCAGGGAUUAAUAUUUGUGGUAGACUGUGCCGACAGGGAUCGGAUAGACGAGGCCAGGCAAGAGCUUUUGCGCAUCAUCAAUGACCGGGAGAUGAAAGAAGCAAUCAUUCUGAUAUUUGCAAAUAAGCAAGAUUUAGCCGAAUCCAUGAAGCCGCAUGAAAUUCAAGAGAAACUGGGUUUGACCCGCAUCCGGGAUAGAAAUUGGUAUGUGCAGCCGUCCUGUGCCGUUUCAGGAGAUGGACUAUUUGAAGGUCUUACGUGGCUAACGUCCAAUUACAAAUCUAAAUGAACAUACAGACUGUUUUAGACAAAAAUAUCAGUUGCCUCGGAAAAUCUACCGAAAGUAAUCUUGACUCUACUAAUCACCUGUUUGCAUUUCUUUGUCUAGUUUGGCUUUGCUUUAGAACGUUUUCAUAUAAAUGCGCUGAACUAACCUUAAACGAUAAUCAAAUGUUAAGUAUUUUGAAAGGUCUUUCUUUAAACCAUUUGCUAUUAUUUGAAUUACUUCCUCUUUCUGUAUUCGAUUUGGGCUUUUCAACACUUUAUACUCCAGUUUCGAGUUGUUCCUUUUUACUGCCUUGCUGUAGAUCGCCGGUUUUACGUUCAUGAAAAGCUACGAUGUUGGCUCUCUUUCAAUUAGUAAACUUAAAAUUUAUUUGAA